CCCGAGAACACGACACACUGGAGAGAGCGGGAAAACCGCCUGAGUGACUUGUGUAGAAACCGCGGUUAAAGUAUACUCUUUCCGUCUGAGCCUAGAUACUCCGUCGAUCCCUAAGAAAAACACGAGUACGGACAAGCGGUCCACCACUCUUGAGAGAAACGCAUUCCACAGUUGCUCUUCGGCUCCUGAAAACCAGACGUUAAUUCCUUCCCGGAAGUUCUUGUUUUUGUCGGCCUCGCACUCUCAGAUCUCUGCUUCGCGACGAAGUCUCAGUCCUCAAAGCCAUCUGCUGCUGACCAGGGUUGUCUUCCGUUCUCAUUUGCGUUUCCCCUUUUCUCACGCGCAGCGAAAAUGCCCGAACUCUCGACCGCAGACGCCGGCGUGGCUGUGAAAGAAAACGAGAGAAACGCACGCGAGGAAGUGUCUGCAGCAACCGAAAUGGACGGAAAAGUCGAAGAGGAGGGAGACCUUAAGAGGACCGCGAGCGCUCUACGACAGAGUAUUGCACGCUACGGAAGCAACAGUUACUACUAUGCUCACGCCCCUUUGCCUGGAGCUCAGCAGCAAGGAGAUGUCAAAGUGAUCUCAGGACCUGGCGUCGUCACAGGCGGACCCCCGGUGUUGCUCGAGAGAAGACACGCAGAGGAAGGCGCAGAGAAAAGAGCAACCAAGUUCGCGUCUCCGGACGAGGCAGCGUAUGCAGCGGCUUCCGGUAGUGUGCCCGCCUCCUACAAGGCUGUUCAGAGCUACAUGUGGACGGACGAAGGCGCAACUGUCAGGGUGUACGUGUCUCUGGAGAAGCUCGUGGAGCCUCCUAAAUCGGGGGACGCAGACCUUUGCUUCGAACAGGAGCAACUCGGCACUUUCUUCGACGACGAACGAGCAGCCCUCGCGAUACACACAAAUGCCGGAAACUACGUAUUGGUUCUGAAUCGCCUUUAUCACCCAGUCGACAUCUCCAAGUGCCGUGCCAGUGUGAAGCGCGACCGCAUUACCCUUGUGCUUGCUAAACAGGACACCGACCUCACCUGGUUCAGUCUGACAAAAGCGCGCUAAAGUGGGUGCAUGGGAGAUAGGGUCUCUUUUUUUCGGAGGCGCAAGGAGGAUAUGGCAACUUCUUUGUAUCAGUCAACACUGGGGGUGGGCAGUCGCUUUACCAAGACCGAACGCGACCUUCUGUGCCGCAGUAGCAUUAGUGAAGUGUUUUGGUCUGAUCCUAGGUUCGCUUGAAGAAAUCAGAGAUCGGAGAUUCUUUUCUUUUCGCCAAACUCUGCGGGGCUGCCCUGCGGGACCAGAAAAGCUGGGAUCCAGGAAUGUUCGCUUUUUACUCUCCUCGCGUUCGCUGCCUCUCGUCACUCGGGGCGGACCCUCGCGCAUCCCCUCAUUUACCUUGUGUCUCCGUGAGAAGAGAAAGGAGGGCAAUCUUUCCUGUGUUUCCGCGCGUGUGGACUCUCGGUGAGGGGAGGGCGUGAAACAGGACGAGAGGAGAGAUACCGUUUUCUUUCUUCUUUUUUCCGAUUGAGGCGUGCGGCGAGAUGACACAGUGGUUGCACUCUGUGGCAGGGAAGCCAGGAGUUGUGAGGUGGUCUCUUGCUUGUUUUCUGGGGAUUUCUGUGCAUUUCUUUUUUCCGCCUUUCUCGCUCUGCCUGUCAGUCCAGUCGCGUUUCUGCAGUCGGUUUUCACUGGAGUUUCCGACGUAGAAAUCCAGAAG